AUGGAUGUGGCCAAUAGUCCCAUCCCUCUCACCAUCACCCAGUUAGAGAUUACAGACCCCAGAAGGGUCAAGGUCUUUGGACCAGGGCUGGCGACGGGGCGCACCUUUGAGAUGUCAGACUUUGUUGUGGAUACACGAGAUGCAGGUGAGUCACAAAUCUCCCCCCCAAACAAAGAAACAUAUCACCAUGUGAAUAUUUUCAGAAAUUCGACAGUAACACUUUAUAGUGGCUCAACAAUUUAUCAGGCUAUGGGGGUCUGACUCUGGCUAUUGAGGGUCCCAGUACUGUGGAGGUCCAGACAGAGGAGAUGGAGGAUGGGUUCUGUGUCAUCUCCUUCUGCCCCACAGAGCCUGGGGCCUACACCCUCUCAGUCAAAUUCGCAGAGGAACAUGUGCUAGGUAGCUACACUACUUCUGUGAACUAAUGUUAGUAAAUAGAACAGUUUGAACAGAGAAGCUGUGUUUGUAUUCAAACCGUAUGUAAUGUACACUACAUGACCAAAAGUAUGUGGACACCUGCUCAUCGAACAUCUCAUUCCACAAUUGUGGGCAUUAAUAUGGAGUUGGUCCCCCUUUUGCUGAUAUAACAGCCUCCACUCUUCUGGGAAGGCUUUCCACUAGAUGAUGGAACAUUGCUGCGGGGACUUGCUUCCAUUCAGCCACAAGAGCAUUAGUGAGGUCGGGCACUGAUGUUGGGUGAUUAGGCCUGGCUCGCAGUCGGCGUUCCAAUUCAUCCCAAAGGUGUUCGAUGGGGUUAAGGUCAGGGCUCUGUGCAGGGCUCUGUGCAGGCCAGUCAAGUUCUUCCACACCGAUCUCAACAAACCAUUUCUGUAUGGACCUCGCUUUGUGCACGAGGGCAUUGUCAUACUGAAACAGGAAAGGGCUUUCCCCAAACUGUUGCCACAAAGUUGGAAUCAUCUAGAAUGUCAUUGUAUGCUGUAGCGUUAAGAUUUCCCUUCACUGGAACUAAGGGGCCUAGCCAGAACCAUGAAUAACAGCCCCAGACCAUUAUUCGUCCUCCACCAAACUUUACAGUUGGCACUAUGCAUUCGGGCAGGUAGCGUUCUCCUAGCAUCCGCCAAACCCAGAUUCGUCCGUCGGACUGCUAGAUGGUGAAGCGUGAUUCAUCAUGCGUUUCCACUACUCCAGAGUCCAAUGGCGGCGAGCUUUAUACCACUCCAGCCAACGCUUGGCAUUGCGCAUGGUGAUCUUAGGCUUGUGUGUGGCUGCUCGGCCAUGGAAACCCAUUUCAUGAAGCUCCUGACGAACAGUUCUUGUGCUGACGUUGCUUCCAGAGGCAGCUUGGAACUUGGUAGUGAGUGUUGCAACCAAGGACAGACAAUUUUUAAGCACUACGCACUUCAGCAUUCGGCAGUCCCGUUCUGUGAGCUUGCUACCAGGCGGUGUCAGAGGAAGGCCCUAAAAAUUGUCAAAGACUCCAGCCACCCUAGUCAUAGACUGUUCUCUCUGCUACCGCACGGCAAGCGGUAUCUGAGCGCCAAAUCUAGGUCCAAGAGGCUUCUAAACAGCUUCUACCCCCAAUCCAUAAGACUCCUGAACAUCUAAUGAAAUGGCUACCCAGACUAUUUGCAUUGUCCCCCCUCCUUUUAUGCUGCUGCUACUCUCUGUUUAUUAUCUAUGCAUAGUCACUUUAAUAACUCUACCUACAUGUACAUAUUACCUCAAUUACCUCGACUAACCGGUGCCCUCGCACAUUGACUCUGUACCGGUACCCACUGAAUAUAGCCUCGCUAUUGUUAUUUUACUGCAGCUUUUUAAUUAUUUGUAACUUUUAUUUAUUUUAUUUAUAGGGUAUUCUUUCUUAACCCUCCCGUUGUCCUAGGGUCAAAAUGACCCGCCACUGUGUUGAACCAACUUUAUUUAAUUUUUUUAUUUUUGUAAUCAUUUGUGAGAAGGAGGAAGUGAGACUUUAAAGAAAGUAUCACUGCCUCCUUCUCACAAAUGAUCCAAAAAAUAUAAAAAUUAAAUAAAGUUGGUUCAACACAGUGGCGGGUCAUUUUGACCCUAGGACAACGGGAGGGUUAAAACUGCAUUGUUGGUUAAGGGCUAGUAAGCAUUUCACUGUAAGGUCUACACCUGUUGUAUUCGGCGCAUGUGUCAAAUAAAAUUUGAUUUGAUUUGUGUCCUACCAUUUCACGACUGAGCCAUUGUUGCUCCUAGACGUUUCCACUUCACAAUAACAGCACUUACAGUUGACCAAGGCAGAAAUUUGACGAACUGACUUGUUGGAAAGGUGGCAUCCUAUGACGGUGCCACUUUGAACGUUACUGAGCUCUUCAGUAAUGUCAUUCUACUGCCAAUGUUUGUCUAUGAAGAUUGCAUGGCUGUCUGCUCGAUUUUAUACACCUGUCAGCAACGGGUGUGGCUGAAAUAGCCAAAUCCACUCAUUUGAAGGGGUGUCCACAUACUUUUGUAUAUAUAGUGUAUGUGUUAUGUAUUGUCCAGGGAGUCAGUUUACAGCAGAGGUGACAGAGAGUGGCUAUGUCAGAGAAAGCAUAACCCACUUCCAGGGAGCUGUAACUAUCGCCAGUGUCGGCAACGUGUGUGGGAGUACCCUCAAAAUACCAAGUAGAGGAGCCUUCUGACCUAGUCUUUUUUAUUGACAUCACUGAGUCAACCUGAGUGAGCUCUGUCUGCCAUUUUACAGGCCUGGACGCCCAGCACAUAUCUGCCCAUGAGUCCCUCUGGGGCCAUAGAAGAAGCAGACGUCACAGGCUCUGUGAGCUUCGUGCCCAGUGAGAUGGGUGUCCAUGCAGUUAGUGUGAGGUACAAAGGCCAGCAGAUCCCUGGCAGUCCUUACCAGUACACUGUGGGCCCACUAGGGGAGGAAGGACCAGAGAACGUGCAGGCUUGGGGACUGGGACUGCAGAGUGCUGAAGCAAGCAUUCCAGGUAUGUCCCUAGAUAAGUUAUUUAUAGUCCACAUAAAUGUAUGUGGUUCUACGGUACUGUACUGUACUGUACUGAGUGCAGAUGUUCUAGUUUGUGUGUGCCUUGCACAUGUGUUGUAUCUAUCUUUCUUUCUGUGCAGGUGAUUUCAGUAUCUGGACUCGAGAGGCAGGUGCCAGGAGUCUGUCGGUAACAAUGGAGGGCCCAGGUCAGGCAGAGCUCACCUUUGAGGACAGGGAAGAUGGCUCCUGUGGGAUCUCCUACGUUGCUCUGGAACCAGGUAUAGAAACACAGGCCUCACCUCCACAUUGUCCCCUGACACAUUCAAUGUAAUGUAAAACAGAGUACCACCAAAAAUUAUGCUUUUCCUCUAGGUGACUAUGAGGUGUCAGUCAAGUUCGAUGACAAGCACAUUCAGGACAGUCCUUACCUGGUGCCAGUGUAUGGCCCUGCUGGAGAUGAUGCAUCAGGGUCGGGACAGACCAAA